AUGCUGAUUUUUGCAGCCAGGUUCUCGUCCGCGGUUUCCACCGAACACACCAAUUUGGAGGAGCUUGUCUCCAAUCUUAAAUCAGACCUCCGGGCCAUAUAUUUUUCCAAACAUAUUGCACCCAAAGGCAAGGCCGAUCAGCUCCACGGAAAGCUGAGACAACUACUGUAUUGCAUGACGGGCUCAGAAUUUUCCAAAAGCGAGCUUCCGUUUAUAAACAGGAUCGUCCAUGCCAUCGAUCGAGAAUCAGACCCGAUGGACGUGUUUACCGCGCAGGAAAUGCUGGCACUUUUAAGAGCUGCUGUUCCAGCUAUGACUGCUGAGGACGUGAAAAAUAUAGAUUUUUUUCCCCGGUUCUACACCUCGUUGAGGGGAUCCAAAGAGUACCAACAGGAUAGAAAUAUACGACUGCAUUUAUUUGAGCUGUUUUUCAAUUACGUGCUAGUGAGCAACAAGAGCGACAUAGCGAUCAAGGCAAUAGAGGCGUUUAUAGAGGAGGAAGCUUCUUUGAGACAUGACGACGUGGAGAUGGAGGUUGUGGAUAUAGCUCUGGAGGCAUUUACUACGGUUACUCCAGACACUGCGACGGUGGUCAAAUUGUUCGAAAUAUGCGAUCUAAGUGAUGAAAAGCGGUCUGAAAAGCUGCUUUCUGCAUUUUUCAUUGCUGCAGACGCUGAAAUCGGGCGAGAUUACGAGGACAAUCAGGUGGCCGCAAGAUUAACCGAGGUUGUUGGUGUUAUGGAGCACAAAAAAGAUCAGCCGUUGAACGAGUACAUCAAUCUUCUGUAUUUUGCCACUGAGAACAAGUUCAAUGGGUGCGUGAAGGAAAUAUUGGAUAGAUUAGUGAGCUUGACGGAGUGUUUCAGGAACAAACUGGGGAAAAAUAUCAGGGACGAGGAGCUUGCUGCCAUUGUUGCUGCCGCUCUUAAACUCGGCCACAGCAAGGCGGCAGAGAAUUUACUAGAGAAUCUAGAGUACGAAUUUGUUGAAUUCAGCCGGCACGAAUGGCUGUCAUAUAUGCAGAUCAAAGUGUACAAGGCUGCGGACGAAAGAAACGUUAUCGACCUGAUACGCAAAAUCAACUACGAUCUCGAACAUAGUUACAAAAAAGACUUUCGUGUUAAUGACACUGAAACCUUCAAUUAUGUGGUCAGUGCAUGCUGCUACUCGGAAAAGAGCCUGGACUUUGUGAAGGCUAUUUCUGAUUUUUUCGAGUCAGAGUAUACAGUGACGCCGACGGCUGAAACAUACGCUGCAUUGAUCGAACACCAGUUGGAUGUUGGCAAAUGCAAAGAAGCCUUGGAGCUGUUUGAAGGGUCCCUUGAACAACCUAUAGAGUGGGGCGAAGAGGAAAAUAGCAUUUUUGCUCCAGUUCUGUUCCGUUUGCUCGAAAUGUACUGUCGAAACAGCGAUGAUGAUAUCACCUUAAAGGUGAUCUUGUACAAGCGGAUCAAGAACUAUGGGUAUUCCUUAAACAAAGCCGCUCUCAAGGCCAUGAUAGACAUGUUUUUAGAGCAAGACUGCGCGGGAGACGCCAUGGAGCUUUUCCAAAUAGAAGUGGUGGAGCAUUCAAAGGACGAACGCCAAUCUGUGACAAAAUAUGAGCCAGUAUUCGAGUCCUUCUAUGAAUACAGUACCACUGCAGAGGUCAGUACCACUCGGAACUGGCACGUGUAUGAGUUUCUCCAUCAAAACUUCAUUAUUCCAUAUGAGAAAUAUUAUCGUCUGAUGGAAUACUUUAUUUCUCACAACGAGCCCAGACGAGCACUCAAGAUGUUUGCAAACCUCAAGGCGCUCAGCAAAGAGGCCAAGAUCGCUCCUCCAAACGAAGAUGUCUAUAUCUAUCUUUUCCGCUCCUUUGCGCGGUGCAAAUUCGUGGAAGGUGUGCAAAAACUCCAUUUGGGAGCCAAGAUGGAUCUGGCUAUCAACAUGGACAUCAGGCUGCUUAACGCCAUAAUGGAAGGCUACUGCGCCAUUGAGGACUCCUUCAAAGUGAGAGACACGUUCCAUAUUGCCUAUUCGCUGCCGAAAUCGCGUGGACUCAACGCAGAGAGCUGCUAUUGGAUGCUUCGCUCGCUCAGGGGAUACACACUUAAGCAUGUGACGGAUUUCUACACUAGUCUGUCGGCGUACGAUGUGCUGGCGGACCCGCGCAUUUUUGGCGAAUAUUUGAUCGCACACUGCUCCUUUGGUAAGUAUGAGACGGCGCUGCGCGUUCUCGAGGAAAACUUCCAUAGCGACGGAGGCCAUUUGAUAGACAGACGUGUUCUUCGUGACAUGUACAACUGGUGUGUGGAUGAGGACGUGAGAACCAACGUUGAGCGCUUUGCGACGCGUUACUACCCUGCCCUAUGGUCAGAGCUUAAACAGAGCGGCGAGCUAAGCAACACAGAAAACGAACCUCUGGAUGAGGGAUACAAUCCGGAACGACCCCUGCUUGUUUAA